AUGCGUGAGGCGAUCUGCAUCCACAUUGGGCAGGCGGGUGUGCAGAUUGGCAAUGCAUGCUGGGAGCUUUUCUGCCUUGAGCAUGGUAUCCAGCCUGACGGCCAGAUGCCCUCUGAUAAGACGAUCGGAGGCGGCGACGAUGCCUUCAACACGUUCUUCUCUGAGACUGGCGCUGGCAAGCACGUCCCCCGCUGUGUGAUGGUCGACCUAGAGCCCACUGUGGUCGAUGAAGUACGCACGGGUACCUACCGUCAGCUGUUCCACCCUGAACAGCUCAUCUCUGGCAAGGAGGAUGCCGCGAACAACUUCGCGCGAGGGCACUACACCAUCGGCAAGGAGAUCGUCGACCUCGUCCUGGAUCGGAUCAGGAAGUUGGCCGACAAUUGCACUGGCCUCCAGGGCUUCAUGAUCUACAAUGCCGUCGGCGGAGGCACUGGCUCCGGGCUCGGUUGCCUGAUGCUGGAGCGCUUGUCUGUAGACUACGGGAAGAAGACGAAGUGCUCUUUCACUGUGUGGGCGUGCCCGCAGGUCGCCACGGCAGUGGUGGAGCCCUACAACACUGUUCUCUGCGUGCACUCCCUCCUGGAGCACACUGAUGUCACCAUCAUGUAUGACAACGAGGCACUGUACGAUAUAUGCCGCCGCAACCUUGACAUCGAGCGCCCUACUUACACCAACCUGAACAGGCUGCUGGCGCAGAUCAUCUCCUCGCUGACUGCGUCGUUGCGCUUCGACGGUGCUCUGAACGUGGACAUCACCGAGUUCCAGACGAACUUGGUGCCCUACCCACGCAUCCACUUCAUGCUCUCCAGCUAUGCACCCGUGAUCUCUGCGGAGAAGGCGUACCAUGAACAGCUGUCAGUGGCGGAGAUCACCAUGUCCGUCUUCGAGCCCGCAUCAAUGUUCGUGAAGUGCGACCCUCGUCAUGGCAAGUACAUGGCAUGCUGUAUGAUGUACCGCGGAGACGUAGUGCCCAAAGAUGUGAACGCCGCGGUAGCUACUAUAAAGACCAAGCGCACCAUUCAAUUCGUGGAUUGGGCUCCCCGGCUGCGGCUACGGCCGCGGCCCGGCAGGGGGAGGCUCGGAGGUGGCUGUACCCAUGUCCUUGCCACACUGCUGCCGAAAGUCCAACCUCACCUACCGACGAAAGCUCUGGCGGGCGUGGCUCUGGGCUGGAGAAGUACCUCGCACGAGGGACUGUCUGCUGACCGGGGCCAUAUGCUGACGAGGUGCCCGGGGUGUUCCCAGCUUCGGGAUUCUCGGUGCUCGUGCUACCGCGUAGGCAGUGGCGGGGGGGCCAAAGACAUGCAGGGAAUUCAACCGGCCCGCGGGUCGCAGCCUGACAGGUGGGUGGGCCAGCCGACCUACAUGUGGGAGUGCCUUAUAAAGCUCCGGCCUACAGGAAUGCCCAUGUGCGGACCGUCGCGCUGGUUGCCGUUACAGCUCCUGGCCUGCUCCGAACUGCUACAGAAUCCAGAAAGGGGUUCUACGGGAUGGGCGCCCCGUAACAGAUCCAGCACGCAGUGGGGGUCUCUACUGCGUCAACGAGAUCCCCCCCGGAGGGCCGACCCGAGGCCGCGGCGCGGCCCGCACGCGGGUGCUUAUUCGUGGAUUGGUGCCCCACGGGCUUCAAGUGCGGCAUCAACUAUCAGCCUCCCACAGUGGUCCCUGGUGGCGACCUGGCCAAAGUCAUGCGCGCCUGCUGCAUGAUCAGCAACUCCACCGCCAUCGCAGAGGUCUUCUCGCGCAUCGACCACAAGUUCGACCUUAUGUACUCGAAGCGCGCGUUCGUGCACUGGUAUGUGGGUGAGGGUAUGGAGGAGGGCGAGUUCUCCGAGGCUCGCGAGGACCUGGCGGCGCUGGAGAAGGACUAUGAGGAGGUGGGCAUCGAGACCGCAGAGGGCGAGGGCGAGGAAGAGGGCUACGGCGACGAGUUCUGAGCAGGCUGCCACUGAGCAGCUGCACGAGGGAGGGUAACCGAGGAGUCGCACUCUCGUUGAGAACGGCGUGCUUCCACGACCUUCCCCAAAUACUUGCGUGUUUGCACGCAGCAGAUCGGCGUAUUUUCCACGCUGACCUGUGGCUGUUCACUUGUGCAACACAUCUUGGCUCGGGGUGGCCGAACCGUUAGACCGCCUCGUGCCCCUGCCACCUUGUCAUCGCGCCUGCAGAGAAACCAACCAAAGAGGGCCCCAGACGCCCCCAGGGGGUCACCG